UUCAUAAUCAAAUUAGAACUCAUCUUCGAGUCUCUUUUCAUGAACUACUUGCAGGCCACAUGUACAAGUGCAGCGCUGCUUUUUCUGGGCAGCUAAUCUCCAAGCAGAGAAACUGGAGGAGGGGUAUAAAAUGGCGGGAAUCUGCUGCUUCACAACUGCCUCUGUAUUACUAUUUCAAUCACCCAAGAAGUUACAUGCUCUCCGAUGCUGCUCCGAGACGCCGAAAUACAGGAAGAAAGAUAUGACAACGCCGUCGUUUUUGAAGAUCGCUGUCAGCGGAUUAACUGAGAUUUUAAGGCUUUUCUCCUCCACUCCUAACAGCAUGUGCAGAUUGGAUGUCGUGAGCGAUAUAGAGACGGACAAAGUUUCCUUUUCUUGCGUUGAUGAUAUUAUACACGUUCUCAAGUCAGAUUAUGAAAAAGAAUAUUUUGUUACAGGAAGUUUCAGCCCUGAAGUUUACGUGGAUGAUUGUAUAUUUGAAGAUCCAACCAUUAGAUUUCGCGGUAAAGCAUUGUAUUCACGCAACUUGAACUUGCUUGUCCCUUUCUUUGACCAGCCGUCAAUCAUAUUACAACAGCUUGAGAAGGGCAAUGAUUGCGAUAAAGAUUUUGUAGUUGCUUCUUGGAAAUUAAGGUCUGUACUUAAUCGUUAUUAUGCAGUACAUAUCUCAAACUUCCAUGGAGGCCACUUAUAUGCAUUGACGGUAGCACGGUUUAUGAUUUAAAUAGUAAUUAUCAGAUUGUUAGGCAUGCUGAAAGUUGGAACAUUUCUGCUGUUGAAGCAAUUGGUCAGAUUUUUACGCCGUCAUUUGGAAAAACUAGUAAUUGAUUGUAGAGGUGUCUGAAGAUUGCAUGUGUUUUUGUGCAUAUUGUCAGUGUUGGUGUGAACUUGAUUACAGAGAGUGCUUGUACAGAACCAGUCAAGGAAAGAGCAGUAGAAUGUCCCACUGAGCAAAUCGGAUGCUUAGUUACCCUGCAAGAGGCUAGCCUAUCAACUCUUAGCUUGAGUUUGAAGAUUCAAGGUGUGAUUUGGUGCAUCUAGUAUUUAACUAUGUCAAUAUAAUUAUGAAGAAACAUUUUUCCACUAUAACCCCCAAUGCUCUUUAUUUCAUUAUGUACAAGUAUACUUGUGUAUGCAACUUUUUGAUCUUUCUGCGGCUACACUUGUAUUAGAAGUAUGUUAUGUGGUUUUGCAACUUAGUAUUAAAGGUUCUUAUAGUAAUCUGAAUGGAUAUCUUAUUAUCUGUCUA